UGUAUUAAAAAGUUAGAAAAUGCAGACGAUGGAGGUUAUAUGGUUUAGGGAGGUUAAUUAUGCAUGAUAUUCUAUCAUACCUACUGAAAUAUGCGGAAUCGAAGUAAUUCUGGAGUUCGUCUUGAUUAUUACCAGCGUCUUGUCAAUAAAACGAUUCUAAAACAUCAGAAUCCAGUUACUGGACUUUUUCCAGCCAGUGAUACAAACACUCAUGCUUGGGUCAGAGACAAUGUUUAUUCCAUUAUGGCAGUAUGGGGUUUGGCUCUGGCUUACAGGAAAACUGCAGAUUUGGAUGAAGACAGGGCCAAAUCAUUUGAAUUAGAACAGUCAGUAGUAAAGUUGAUGAGAGGUCUGUUAAGAUGUAUGAUGAUGCAAGUCAACAAGCUUGAGAAAUUUAAAUACAGCCAGAACAAAACUGAUGCUCUUCAUGCCAAGUACUGUAGUUUGACUGGUAAAACUGUUGUAGGAGAUACACAAUGGGGACAUCUUCAGAUCGAUGCUACUUCCUUGUACCUACUGAUGCUGGCACAGAUCACAGCUUCAGGUUUACAAAUUGUGUAUACACUUGAUGAAGUAUCUUUCGUACAGAACCUUGUAUUUUAUAUAGAAUCUGCAUAUAGAACUCCAGAUUAUGGUAUAUGGGAAAGAGGAGAUAAAACCAAUCAUGGAUUUCCAGAAUUGAAUUCCAGUUCAAUAGGAAUGGCUAAGGCUGCCUUAGAAGCUAUUAAUGAAUUAGAUCUGUUUGGUUCCAGAGGAGGACCUCAUUCUGUUGUACAUGUACUACCUGAUGAGGCUCAACAGUGCCAGGCCAUUCUUCACUCAAUGUUACCCAGAGAAUCAAAUUCAAAAGAAAUCGAUGCAGCUUUGCUGUCUAUAAUAAGUUUUCCAGCAUUUGCAGUAGAUGAUACUCGAAUAAUUGAUGAAACUAAGAAUAUGAUUAAAGAAAAAUUACAGGGAAAGUAUGGUUGUGCUAGGUUUCUCAGAGAUGGUCACUGGACGGCAAAAGAGGAUAGAAACCGAUUACACUAUGAACCGUGGGAACUACAAGUGUUUGAACACAUUGAAUGUCAGUGGCCUAUGUUCUUUGCAUACCUUUUACUUGAUGCUGCCUUUUUUAAUAACAAAGAGGAAGUCCAGUUAUAUUCCAAACUGAUGGACACUGUGAUAAUUAAAUCUGAUGAAGGAAUUCCAUUUGUACCAGAAAUGUAUGCAGUGCCAAAUGAAAAGGUUGACUUAGAGAAGAAAAAACCCCAAAGCCAAGAAAGACAUGCCAUUGGCAAACUACCACAAUUAUGGGGAGAAUCUCUUUAUAUACUAGCCAAACUGAUUACAGAGGGUUUCCUGUCACCAGGAGAGCUAGAUCCAUUGAACAGAAGACUUGUGUCUGAACCUAAACCUGAUAUUGUUGUACAAGUCGUAGUACUAGCAGAAGAUAAUUGGAUGCAGGAUAAGUUAGAGGAGCAUGGGAUAAGUGUUCAGACAGUCUCCCAGGUUAAUCCAAUACACGUCUAUCCUGCAAGAGUCUUAACUCAGAUCUACUCUUUACUAGGUAAAAACAAGAAGUUAGGAUUAACUGGUAGACCUUCUAGUGAAGUUGGUUUGUUAGCUACAAGUAAAUUAUAUGUAAUGAAUGAACAGAUGUUGGCCUUUAUACCACAGUUUGUUGAUGAGACUCAGUUUUAUCUUCCAUGUGACAUUGAUUUGCGUUGUGACGCAUUCAAGACAGAUGUAGAUAUCUUAUCUGUGCACUGGAGAAUGGUCGGAAGACCACUUUUUAUUAUGCCAGUAUCUUCAAAAUUGCUAGAUUCCUGCCAGAACCUGCCAACUGCCUUAGUAGCUACAAUAAAGAAAUUACAAAGUGGUUAUAUAGCUGGAACAAGGGUACACAUGGGGAAACUAAGAGAUUUUUUAACAACCUCUUGUGUAACCAAGCUGAGUUUUUUGCCUGAUGAUUCUCCCCAAGAGAUCCAGCUUAAUCAGAUAAUGAAGGGGUUAGCUGGCGGUACAUCAAGACCAAAAUUAUUAUCUUUUGGUAACAAAAUGAAGAGACGACAUAUUUCAAGGAAAAAUCUAUCUGUGCAUGGCAGUGUUAGAAGGUCAAGAUCAAUUCAGGUAGACCCAGAAAAUAUUCAAGACAGGACAAAGUCGUCACUCCAAGAACGUCUGAAAAAAGUUCAGUUGAGUUCAGCUUCAACAGAUGGCAGCACAAGUCCUGGUGAUCCCUCCUCGCCACAUGAUGACCGUGAAGACAACUUGUUACAUCAUUUAAAGGGAGGACUACAUCCCAUGUCACAAGAAUGUGAUAGAGCACCAAGUCCUGUAGGUUCUCCGAUCAUAACACGUCAUAAGUUUGGCUUUACAAGUGAAAGUGAAAGUGUAGACCAAAGGGAGUUAAUAGAACAAUUGAAUCAGACUGAGGUGUUACAUGAACAAGCUGAUAUUAUACAUUAUCUUGUUAUGAAGAAUGGCCCUAAUUGGAAAUUAGAAGUUGGAGGUAAACAAUGUACACUUAAAGAAUUACUUGUAGAAUUGUAUGAGAAGGCUGGACACUGGAAGCAAUGGUGGUUAGUUAGACAUACAGCUGGAAUGUUAAAGAAACGAGUAGAAGAACUGGCAUUAUCUGCUACAGAUUUGUUAGUUAGACAGAAACAGCUGUCAGUAGGUUUACCAUCAGUCAAUGAAAAAGUUAUUACAGCACCACUGCCCCCAGAUGAGCUAGCAGCUAUUAUAUUUGAGGUUUAUGGAGAAGAUUUGAGUACAGCGUCCCUGACUCAGGAGUUGUUGAUAUAUCUAGCUAUGUUUAUAAGAACAGAACCAAAGUUAUUUAAAGAAAUGUUGAGAUUGAGGGUUGGUCUUAUAAUUCAAGUCAUGGCCUCAGAAUUAGCAAGAACUCUCAAAUGUUCAGGAGAUGAAGCUUCAGACCAUCUACUUAAUUUGAGUCCAUUUGAGAUGAAAACAUUACUCCAUCAUAUUCUAAGUGGAAAGGAAUUUAUAAUCAGUGCAGAAAAUGAUGAAUGGAUGCAUUCUGAACAUGAUGAUGAAAGUUGUUUACGUGUAAAAUCAAAGAAAAAGCAAGAUGAGGCUAACCAAUUUGCCAGACUCAGUAAAUCACCACAAAAGAAGAUGUUAGAUUAUGCUUUGAAUCAGCCUGAGACUGAAGAGGAAGAUAUAACAACAGAUAGACAAGGACAAUGGUUAAGGAGGAGACGGUUAGAUGGGGCAUUAAACAGGGUACCAGAAGGAUUUUAUCCUAGAGUCUGGAAAGUUUUAUCUAUGUGUUCAGGAUUGUCAAUAGAAGGAAAGUUUUUACCUAACAGUUUAACAAGAGAGAUGACUCCAGGAGAGUUUAAAUUUGCCUUGAGGGUUGAGACAGUACUGAACACUAUACCACAGCCAGAGUAUAGACAGCUAAUGGUGGAAGCUCUCAUAGUUCUCACAAUGGUUUCAGAGAAUGAGUGGACUGUUAAAAUGGAUGAAAUACAUGUAGAUAAAUUAGUUCAUGAAGCUAAUGCAUUGUUUAUUAAAGAUCAGGAUAUACCACUGGAGAGUGUGAAACAGUGUGAAGGAUCAACAGGAAUAUGUUUACAUUUUUAUGACAGUGCUCCUAGUGGUAGAUUUGGAACAAUGUCCUAUUUGUGCCGAGCCUUGGCCAACAUUCUAGACAUACCCUCAGAUCAUGAAGGAAAUGUGGAAUGUAAUCUCAGUUGAAGUUGAAAACCAUAAAACAAGUUCAGUCAUAACCAAAGAUCUGAAACAAUCCCAUCUUUUUCAGCAUUAUGUUUUUUCCUGGAUUCAUGACAUAUAGCUAUUUUUAAUAUUUUAUUGUAUUGGGAUCUAAAUAAACCAUUUUGUGUUUUCUUAAUGGUUGAUAUUUUGUAUUUAUUUUAUUGUGUAUAUAACAAAGAUGAAUAACUUGCAUAUACAUGUAUCUGUGGUGGAUAUCAGUAUUGCUGUAUAACUUGUGCUUCUGCUUGUGCAAUUUUUCAAUGAAUACUGUGGAUUCAUUUAUUUUUUGUGGAUUUAGGAAAACCUGCAUUUUUCUUGGAUAUUUGAUUUCAAGGUUUGCCCAAGUCUUUAUGCAAGCCUAUAGAAAAUUUGUAAUUCGUUGAAAAUUUUAAUUUGUGGUUCACCUGAACCCAAAAAAUCUACGAACAUUGAUAUAUCACAAAUGAUAAAAUCAACAGGAUUGCAAAAUAUGAUGAAAGUGGAUGGAAUAUUUUUUUCUUCAUAGAAAAGAUGGUGCUUUUACUCUAUGUAGGUGUAGUGCAAGAUAACUAACUAUUAUUCUUGUUCUGAUUCAAUAUUUUUGGUAUUGCUGAUGAAAAUGACUCCAGUAGUCAUUAGCACUAAUGACUGCAUUGAAACUUAGACUUACAUCUGGUUAUUUAUUUCAAAUAUUUUAAAGUUUUUAAGUCUUUUUCGUGAAUGUAAGGAAAGUCAAAUACAUUUUGCAUUGAGAUAAAGAAUGAACCUUGAUGGAGUGUUUUAGAAAUGACAUAUUUUCAAGUUACCAAAGCUGAAAAAAAUUACAUUUAUCAUUGUGUCUUAUUUAAAUUUUCUCUUUCUGGAAAGUUUAAAGUUGAUAUUUAAUGUUAUUUGCUGUGUGGUUUCUACACGAUUGUUGAAUCACUAUGUAUUCUUAUAAUCAUGUUACAGAUGUCUUAAUUAAAACAUUUUAAUGAUUAA